AUGGCCGAAGUCGGGCUGAUUGGCACCAUCGUCGGCGUCGCCGGCGCGGGCGUCAAGCUGUCCAUCACGCUGUACACCUUCUCCGAGACCGUGGCGACCGCGCCGGCCAAGGUGCGAGACAUGGCCCGCGACGUGUCGCUGACCUCCGCGGUGCUCGAGGAGCUGGGCGCGAACCUCAGGCAGGGUGACCAGGCCACGCUGUACUCGGGCGCGGCCGUGCAGACGGCCACGGACGUCGUGGCCGAGUGCGAGUGCGUGUUCAGGGAGAUGGACGGCAUGGUCGCGCGGGCCAUGGAGAGCGCGUCAAGGAAGGGGUUGAAGAAAGGAGGCAAGCUGGCCCUGUCCGCGCGGGAUCGGCUCCAGGGGCCGUUCAUGGAGCCCAAGAUGGAGGUCCUGAAGGGGAACCUGGACAGGCUCAAGAGCACGCUCGUGCUGAUGCUGCAUGUCCUGACAUACGCGAGGGAUUUGAGGGUCGAAAAGAAGACCGCCUCCCAGGACGACGACGACGCAUAUCAGAGGACGCUGCUCGAAAACCUGCUUCGAGCAAACGAAGAAGCUACCAGGAACUAUCAACACCUUCUCAAGACGAUUGGGCCGGACGGCGAAACACCAGCCCCAGGGCAAGCCCAAACCGAAGGCCCAGAUGCAGCAAACGCGCAAUUCCCAGGCGCUUUGAGAGAGUCCGCUGCCGGAGGUCCAUUCGUUGCGCCUCCCCGGGAUAUACCUCCAGGCCAGAAUAUUGACGGUUCAACCCCUCGAGGUUUACUUCCACAACAGCCCCCACUUGUGUCGACCAUCAGAGGGUGCCUCGAGCGCAUCGAGAGAGCAUUGCUCCAGGUCGACCAGGCGAGUUCUCUGCCCGGUCACAGCCCGCGGGUGGGCGUGCAUAUCGAAUUGGAGAAAGACUUCGGCAGCCCUCGUUACGCCCCAGGAAGGCCGAAUCCGUGGGUCGUCUUGUCCAUUGUCCGCAAAGAUCGACGCUGGCCUGAACGCGCCAGCACCCCGUCAAAGUUCGAGCCAGACGACCUAGACAUGUACGCCAGUGUGGCAGCGGGGGCCAUCGAGAGCAUCAGCAUUGAGGAGGAGGCACCCCAGUAUCGAAACAGGCCUCAAAUGCGAAUCGACGAGGGUGCAGGAGUCAUGCGCGAGCGCAUCAAUCGGGUGUCUCGGCGCCCGGGCCCACUCCCUGUGCUGGAGGGCGAAUCUGAACCUCUAGAUCCUUCGAUCAGAGUACAGAGGAGGUCGAGCGGAAAACCUUGGUAUUCAUCGGUUUGGGAAUCUCUCCCUUCGCCGACGGCCGCGCUGGGUUCCAUCCAAGAGACGGUGAAAAACUCUGGUCUCUUCUUCGGUGUGGACGAGGAGUCGGAAAAUCCAGACACCGUCCUCGAGUACCACAAGCAUGGAGAGAGUGGUGCAGGGGCGUCCCAAGCAGCCAACUCAGCUGGCCCGAGAAUUGCGAGAUCCCAGACCUUCGAUGACAUCCUGAAUGCUCCUCCUGUUAAAGGUCCAAGCACAUCUCCUUUGCCAGUCACGACCACGCUUGAAAGUCCAAAACCGGACCUGGAGAGUACCGACAACUCGAACACAAUACCUGCUCCACCCGAGGCAGCCAUGGAUGAGGAACCAGCGAAACACGAGUUACCAAAUCCUUCGGCAACCGUGGCGAGAACAGAAGAACCUUCGAAAGAAACAGCAGAUUCAUCCGUUGAGGACACAGUUGGCAAACAGGAGUUGGCUGAGCAAGGGGAACCCGAUGCAGUGAAUCAGCUGCUGAAACAAUGGACGACGCUGUAUGACGAUCAGUGAUCCGUACCCCUCCUCAAACAAUCAUAAUCAAUAGUAUCUGGGGUUUGGGGGGAAACGCUAAGAGGGAAAGCCCGUAUUACGUCUGAUGUGUAUACGAGUAGCUGGGGUAGAAUACGAUUGGCGAGGCUGAACACGAGUUGACGGCCGGAUGAUGUGAGCAUGAACCCGAGCCUUGAACCCAUGCACG